UUCUCAAGGUCAUCAUCAGAGAUACUUUCACCACGGCAGUUGUCAAAAACCUGAUAGUAGUUCUUGUCUGGCUCAUUCUCACUUACAUCAACAGCUCCUUGGUUGCCACAUUUUUUAGACACCAGAUUUUCUAUGAAGACCCUCGCUACAUCCUCUUCAUCCACAUGGUGAUAAAUGAUGGCGUCCAGCUGACAGUCACCAUCACACUUUUCAUCCUCAGCUACAUCUUCUAUAAGAUUAAUGUCUCUUUCUGUUGUUUCUUUAUCCUGUUGGCCGUCUUCACCACCAGAACCACUACGUUCUACUUAGCUGGCAUGGCUAUUGAGCGCUACAUUGCCAUUUGCAAACCUUUACACUAUGCUCAAAUCUGCACAGUGAGAAGGACUCAUAUGGUCAUCGGGUUGAUUUGGUUUAUUUGUGUGGCUCCAGAUAUUACAGAUCUAUUUGUGACACUGGCUACUGAGCCUCCAAGCUUUUUUUAUGAGUCAGUGUUCUGCUUGCGCCCAAAUGUGUUCAAAGACCCAGUCCUGGCAUUCAAAAAGCAGGUUUUUGAUAUCAUCUAUUUCUCCUGUGUGUUUCUGAUUCUGGUCUUCACCUAUUUAAAGAUCCUAUUUGCAGCCAGGGCCCUGUCAACAGAAAAGACAUCUUCCCAGAAGGCCAGGAACACCAUCCUCCUCCACGGGGCUCAGCUAGCCAUGUGCAUGCUCUCCUACAUCUCCCCAAGUGUGGAAAUUGUUCUGCAAAUAAUCUUUCCAGGCAGAAUCCUGGAAAUAAGAUAUGCAAAUUACUUGAUUGUUUACAUUCUGCCUCGGUUCCUGAGUCCAAUCAUCUAUGGUUUCAGAGACAAGAAGUUCAGGAAAUACCUCAGGAUGUACCUUCUGAGCUGCAGGUACAGGGACACGGUGAAGAAAGUCACUCCCGUGCACAAAGACAGUUUGUAAGGAUCCAAGACUGUUCAGAUCCUUUACUCCAGAAUAGAUUUAAUCAAUGGCAAAUGCAAAGAAAGUCAAGAACUAACUAACUACUAAAGUGAAACUAAUAAAAAUUGUAGAAAUGUCAGGCUGUAAAGGAGCUAAAAGAUAAUAUUAAUCAGUUAUU